AUGAAGAGGCUAUUCGGAGGCAAGAAGAGUCAGCAGAGUGACUAUCCGCCCUAUGUGGCCACCGAGGAAGCGCGAGCUGCAGAGUCCAGCUACCUAGCCGGCUACAAUCCAGCGGGCAGUGAUCGUUCACACUCGCCCCUGCCCGAUAGACACUCGCCACUCCCCUCCGAUGGCAGAGCCUCUGGUGCCAGACCCGCGCAGCCACAGGGAGCACAUCACCCGCAAUAUCAGCCCGAGGAGGAUACGCUCGGUCAAUCUUACGUUCGUCAGGAACCUGCAGACGUUGGCGGCGGAUUCGGGGGUGCACUCAGCCGACGUUGGUCUGCUCGAAGAAGGUCUGCAGGCCCCAGUCCGUCACCUUCUGCCGGCGACCCGAGACUGAACGGUGUCAAUGCUCAAGCAUCACCUCUGCCCGGCUCCCACUUGUCCUCCUUCCCGCCCACAAGUCCUCAGGCACAGUUCAUGGCUACUUCGUACAGCAAUAAUGGCAGGACAAAAUCGCCCAGACCGGGUGUAGGCACACGGCCGAGGCAGGAUGACGAGAGAGGUUACCCACAGACAGGCACCGCUCUGCAGCCUCAUCAUUCACCCGCAACCAUGGCAGGUUAUACCGAUCCCAGAGUCAACUACCCUGCGCCGACGAGCGAAGAUGAAGACGAUGGAGAUCUCCAGUCGAGAAAUCCCGCUCGUCAGUCUGCUCCGCUUUCUUCUGGCGCUGUCGGCACAGAGAGAGGUUUAGCCGGACGAUUGUUCGGGAGAUCCAAGCCCAAAGAUCCUACGGCAGAUGGAGAUGACGCCGGGGCCCUUUCGCGUAGGAUCUCGACGAGGAGACCCGAGGGUAGAAUCAUACAGGGCGGUUACGAUCCUGCUCCGUUCCUUGCCAGCUCGAACAGUCAAGAUCGGACUUCGGAAGCUCAGACCGAAGCUCAGAGAAUGCAAAUGCAGUAUCAGAGAGGAGAGCCUGUCGAUUACGCUCACCACAACGUGCGCGGAUCUCGCAAUCUGCGCGGUGGCGCACCCGCGAAGCCUUCGAGGUCCACUCAGCAGAAGGCAUGGGUCACAGAGACCAUAGGGUAUCUGUGUGGUGCCAAUUCGGAUAUCGACUACGGUCGCGCAUUGCGGUUGUGCGAUCAAGUGAGCGUAUCUGCGCUUUAUUCGAAAGAGGCAGCCAAGGCGCUACGGAGGGAGCUCGAGCACGGCCGGCCAGAAACGCAACAACGCGCCGUGCGCGUCAUGACCAUCAUGACUCGCAACUCGGGCGAGCGUUUCAAACUGGAGAUGACCAACAAGAAGUCCAUCGACGUACUCGAGAAGCUGAUCAAAUCGCCCAAGACGGAUCUCGAAGUCCGCGCCCUGCUCGCUAAAUCGCUUUCCAUUCUGGCCUACGAGCUCCAAGCCGACACGGACUUUUCACGCAUCACAGCAUUGUACAACCGUGUCAAGCAGCUCGAGGAUCCCAUCAACGGCGCUCCUCUCGACCCAGACGAUGCCACCUUUGACCCGCCCAUUCUCGAGACCACUCGUCGAUCGAAACGCGAACAGGCCGCUGCAGGCUUCCAGUCGUCCCCUUCUGGCGAAUACCACACCAAGAAUCUCAAGAAAGAGGCCGAAGUCGCUCUUCAUUCUGCAAGAAUGCUGCAAGAGACGCUGCAAUUCACCCAACCCGAAGACAUGGACUCGAAUGAGCUCAUCAAUGAGUUCUAUGCUCAGUGCCAACAGAGGCAAUUCAUGUUCAUCGAUGCUAUACCCUGGGCGACAUCAGAAGCAGACCGAGCUCGUUCGGCUGCACAGGCACAGCAUCUACGCGACCACGCUGCGUCCGCAACUCAGGAUGAAGCUCUCGCAGCUAGUAAUCCCUUUGCAGACACUGCUGCUGCUGCGAUGAACGCGCCAGGUGCGGAGGAGACGCACGAGGAGAAGCUGCUCGAUCUUCUGCUCUCUGCGAACAGCGAGAUUGUGGAAGCAUUCAGGCUGUACGAAGACAUGGAGCGCGAGAAGAGGGCUCUAGAGGAACAACGUAUUGUCGAAGAGCGCAGCAAAGUCGAAACGAAGAUGGAUCGUGCCCAGUACGAUCAAGAUCUAGACGGCAUGAACUAUCUCUCCGUGGGCAAUCAACCUGUUGCAGGCUCAUCUCGCUCAAAUUCACCCGUUCCUCAUGAAACGUCGCACGAAAAUGGCUACUCGCUUGCUCAAGAAACGCUGCCCGAACCGGCACCUGCGCCCGCUCGAUCGCCUCUGCCAACGAAUCCUUUCCAGCGAAUGUCAGAUCCGACGGCGCGAGCCCGAUCGAGAUCGCUGCCGAAGCCUCCCGUCGCGGCGGGUACGCCGACCCCCGAGAGCGCUUUCGACUCUGGCUAUCCGCCUGAGAAGGUCCCCUCGGCUAUGUAUGCAGGAGAAACGCAUGCACUCUCCUCUGAGCCGAUGCAGCUCGGCCAUUCGGAACAAGAAGAUUCGCUGCCGCCUCUGAUCACGGAUACCCCUACUUCUCGCCGGGUGGGCAGUAAUCCUUUCGUCUCUUCGCCCGUCCUUGCGCCUUCCCGUAGCUCCACGAUUCGGUCGCAGCUAUCGAACGGGACAGACGAGACGGAUACACCUGUCGACCCCGUCGAGCCCAGUGCCAAAGCUCUGGGGAAGCUAAGAAGAAUGUCUGAACGGGGAGACGUGGAUAUAUCUGAGCAACAAGCGAAACUAGAGGAGCAAUUGCGAUCCAAGUACCGCGCCUACGGCGAGCAGCACUAG